AUGGUUUUCACAGGGGACAUCGGCCUGUCCGCAGGGGCCCUGUUGACCGGCACGCAGAAGCUGGCAGCGAUGCUUGUCGAAGGAAAUCUGGACUUGGACUUCAUCGUUCGACAGACAUUCAACAAAAGCCCGAAGAUCACAACCGAAUACCAACGACCACAUGAAAGACCCGACCGCCUGUACAAGUCCGAAUACAAUCACGACGACUCCUGUGACUGCCAGCUGGACUGUGCGCAGAAUCUCAGCAGACUUGUGAACCGACCGGAGCGAAACGACUAUUGUGUCGAAGUGCACUGCGGCAAUAUUGGCUCGGCAGACAUAGUUGUCAAGGACGCGUUGUCUCGAGACAAUUAUGCCCGCGAAUUCAGGCUUCUAUGCUUCGAGAUGGAAUCGGCUGGCCUGAUGAGCAAGUUGCCCUGUCUCCCGAUCCGAGAGAUUUGCGAUUACUCCGAUUCGCACAAGAAUAAACACUGGCAAGGAUAUGCUGCGGCCACCGCCGCCGUCUACGCAAAGAGCCUGCUUAAGGUCAUCCCUCCCGAGAAUGUGCUCCAAACAAGAAUUACCAUGGACAAAACAGAACUUGAAAGACACAUUCGUUCGAUUAUCCGUGAUGUACAGCGAGUGGCAACAUCUCGUUCAGUCGAUGAAGAUUCCCAAAUCCGGUUUAAGCAGUUUAGGACCAUCCAACCGAUCACUGUCGCCGAAACGGGCAUCUCCAAGCCGGGCACCUAG